CACAGAAUCGGAUCCGAAAUCGGGACAGUAUGGGCCCGAGAGCCGGGGCUGGAUAUCGGUGACACCAUUAAGAACUUGGCUGUUGACAUGCUUAAGAUGGCGAUGGAGAUGAAGCCGAAGGUGAAAGAGUUGAGAGGAAAGCGGCCUCAGGCAUCAGACCGCGAUCUCGCGUCAUAAACAACACAACUCUCUGCAACUUCUGGCAACCCCAGUGAGCGCGGAGGAAAACUUUAUCUUCAAACACGAAUAUCAAGGAAGUUCCAUUAACUACAACCAAUGGAUAGACCGUUUCUUUCUGUCGCGAUAUACCGGCCUCGCUAUGGCAACUUCCAGCACUGGGCUCUCCAUCUCCACACUGGCUCUGAGGAUCUAGUUUUCGAGGUCGACGGAGAACAUCCCGCGUUUACAAAAGCUACUUCAGCCGGCAAACCGAGCGACAAUGAGUCCUUUAUCGAGUCGUUGUAUGUAGGGGAAAUUGGGAUCCCCGACAUCCCCACGGUCAAAACGAUCGUCGACCAGGCGAGAGUGGACAAUGAGACGCUAGAAUGGGACUGCCAAGACUACGUGCUGGAGAUACUUGAGGCUUGUGAGAUUGAGGCAGUGCUCGAGGAGGAAGAUCCUGAUUAUGCAGAGGUCAAGAAGAUUCUACGGCGAAGACGGGGUCCAACACUGUGACAAGAUUACAUCGCCUGGGCGAUUUCGAUGACUGCGAGAACUGACACAGAGAUGACAUGCCAUUGCCUUGGUAUCUUCUGUUUCAUCCUACUGUAUCACGAGGGUUCUUCAUUGCUGUCA